UCAGACCACACACAUGCACCAACACAAACAAGUUCUUGUUAGUAAUUGUGGCGUUGUAGAGAGCAUUUUGUGUGUUUGGAAAUCUUAACGUCAAGUGUCAAAUCUUGAUGUGGCAACAGGCGACGUCCUGGAGGCCCAACUGGUCUUCGGCCUUCUGAUGUGUCGCACAGGAACCCCGGCAAAGAUCCCAACACGGACCUCAACACCGAUCCCACAAGCCCUGCCCCUCCAGAGGGACCAAUGGGAGGCGAGCGGGUGGAAGCUGACCAAGAUGAUCGGCGUCCAGUUUUUCAGGAGCUGUGGUUCAUCGUGGUGAUGGCGGCCGUCGGCCUGCUGCUGAUGGCCAUCGUGUUAGGGCUGGCCCUCCACAAGGCGCUGAACAAAGCCCCCUUGACCAGAGAGAGACCCCCCCUGGUGGCCAUGCAGAAGCGAAGCCCGAUGGCCGUUUAUCCAGCCAGCAACUCCGUUUUGUUUGACACGGCGGGCGUGGCCAGCAGCGUGAUGCUGAAGUCCUUCACCAUGAAGAUAGAGGAGGCGCUGGAGGCCAAAUGCGAGGACACGCCCACUCAGGGUGUAGAAGGAGGAGGAGAGCGCGGGAAUUCGUUGAGGCGCAGCGUCAGCCAGGUGAUGGACGGGAAGUCGUUGGCGGAGGCGUGGGGCCCCACCAUGGGACAUGACAGCGGAAUGUUCAUGGACGACGAGGAGUUUGUGGACAGCGUCAAAGGCUUCAGCACCGUUAGGAAGGAGCACACCAUGUUCACAGACACCAACUUGUGAGCCAAUAAAACGCCAAGUGCCAAGAGUGGCGUGGAUGGACACCGUUGGUAAUACCACAAUUGACGCCCUUCCCUCAAAAAGGUUUAUAAUUGCCUAUAGAUCCCACAAGAUGGCAGCAAAGCACCCCUUUUCUACUAGAUGGAGCUUGAGUGUGUAUAAUAGAAGCUCCUCCCCUAACAUAGUUCAUUGGCACCAAGAUAUCGCCAAAGCAUGACUACCUCUAUAUUGGUCAUUUUUAAACUCAAAAUUAAUUAAUUAAUGUGACAAUUGUGAAAUUCAGUACAAAUAAUUCUUUUUACAUGCUUACUAACCAUAGUUGUAAUUUUAUCCAGCUUCAUCUUUAAAUUACAUAAUGAUGGGAGUACAAGGACAUACUG